AAAUUAAAAUCACUACUGCCCUCAGUUUUUAAAGAGUCAAAGGUUUAAGCUUUCUCCACUUUGAGACCAAAAACUUCGAGAGAUUUACAACUGUAGAAGCCGCCGUAACGAGAGGUUGAAGAUGAUUAUCCCUGUCCGUUGCUUUACUUGUGGCAAGGUAAUUGGGAACAAGUGGGACACUUACCUUGAUCUUCUCCAGGCUGAUUAUUCUGAAGGAGAUGCUCUUGAUGCAUUAGGCUUGGUUCGUUACUGUUGCAGACGAAUGCUCAUGACUCAUGUUGAUCUCAUCGAGAAGCUUCUUAACUACAAUACUAUGGACAAAAGUGAGGGCAGUUGAUGAAAGUUAAAGGCGUUACAAGGGGCUUGAAGUUGGUUGUUUUGAAUAUGCUUCUGUGUUCUAGGUGUUAAAUGAAAUGGUGAUGUAAGUUAGGAAGACAAACAGUAAUCAUAUUCGUUGUUUUGAUGAUGAAUUGCUCCUUGAAUAUGCCUAUAUGGGUUUAACAAUACUAAGUUGUCUUGGAAAUUUGUCUUAAAAGUUUCUACAUGAACUUUGGAUUGGUUUGAUGGGAUUAUUAUCAUCAUUGCUGUUAACUCUUUCUUAGUUAAAUGAUCAAAGUAUAUAUCUUGGAUUUUUCAUUA